AUGAUUCUCCCAGCGGCGCUGCUGCUGGUGUCUCGGUUCAGUGUUGCCCGUUGUACCUCAGAGACCUGGUCCCUGUGUCCCCGAGGCUGUGAGUGCAGAGAGGGCCUCAAGUAUGUCAACUGCUCAGCUGCUUCACUGCAACAAGUCCCCCCCAGCUUCCCGACAGAUACAGAGCAGCUGGAUCUCUCUAAGAAUAACCUGACCAUUCUCCCAGCCGGCGUCUUCCAAUCGCUCUGGAGAAUCAAUAUCCUCCUCAUUGGCUCCAGCCGUGUUCAGAGAAUCCACGAUGGAGCUUUUGCCUCUCUGGAGAACCUCUGGCGACUGGAUCUCCGACGAAACAACAUCAGGGACCUGAGUGAGGGCUUUUCCAUUGGCCUGUCCUUCCUCAAUGAGUUGAUCCUGUCAGACAACUACUUGGAGAAGUUGAAUUCACUCAUGUUCCAGUACCUGGACAAUGUGCAGAAACUCUACCUGAAUAAUAACCAGAUUUCCCAACUCUCCAGUGGGGCCUUCCGAAGUAUGACCAGACUACGGCAGCUCCACCUUCAGAAUAACCGGCUGGCUAACCUGAGCAACGGUGUCUUCUUCAUGCUGCAGAACCUGGAGGUGUUAAAUCUUCAGGGCAAUCUGAUCAAAGAUGUCGACACCGGCGUUUUCACAUCGUUGACGAGUCUGACGCUCUUGAACCUGUCCCGAAAUGGCUUGGAGCGAAUUAAGUUCAAGACCUUCUUGGGUAUCCAGACUUGGGGCACCCACAUUUUGCUGGCCAAGAAUAAUUGGACCUGUGAUUGUGAGCUGCAGAGGGUUUUUGGUAAACUGCAUAAUGUCCAGCGCCUGCUGGUGGAUGACUAUGACAACGUGAUCUGCUUGGAACCUCCCGCCCUGAGGGACUUGCCGUUGGCAUCUGUUGACACUCAAUUGUGCAUAGCAGAGACCGUCACGGUGCUGGUUAUAACGGUGACAGUCUUCAUCACUGUUGUCGCUGCUAUUGUAAUGGCUGAAAGGAAUAGGAAGAAACGAACAGGGAAACACUGGAGUGAAGAAAGUGAAGACUUUGAUUCUCAAGAUUAAUGUACGUCAUUAAGCGGACAAGGGUAAUGUUAGGUUGCACAUAUCAGUGGGUCUCAGGGUAGAUGAACCUCAUGGUGUAGCACUUAGCUAGGAAGGUGCAAUCCAUUCUCUGGACUGAGUUCAAACU